AUGCAUCCCUCCUCAUCAUUUCUUGUCACUGCACUCUUGCUCUUUCAAUGGACCAGCAUUGGAUUCGCUACUCUACCAGGAGAGCCAAUUUCUGGCGAUGCAGUAGAGCCAUCGUCCAGCGAAACGGUUCGCACCGAUAUCGUUAGCCGCAGCGAUUUUCGCUCUCCAGACGAGGUCAAGGCCCAUGGGGGUUUUCAACCUGUAGGCACAUUGAAACGUACUCCGGAAAACAUAAUGGCUGGAGGCGCUUCAGCGAGCCUCUACAACCAUAUGUGUGGAGGCGCUCAGCCGAAAUUCAGCCAGCCUACCCUUUACGUAUCCACAAGCAGAAGUCAGAUCGCAGCCGAACGUUUUCUUGGUACGAAACCAGGAUAUCUCUAUCGGAUCCACGCAACAGCGAAUUUCAUUCACCAACCCAAAUCACUAGGAAAGUGGUUGUUUUUCACCGACUUUAUGACUUUGGAGGAUAUUCAUAUUGCCCAUGAGGAUGAGUAUUCGGCCCUUGGAGGCAUCCGGUGGCCGCAAGUCAUGGGUUAUACAUACCUAGCCCAGGGGGUUAAAACGCCUGAAGCAGAGAGGGUUUACGUCGAAAACAAGGACUAUAACCCGUUUUACGAUCAAUUUUUUGCGACGGAAGAUUAUCCAAAACUUGCUGGGUUUCCAGUGAAUCAUCCAGCAUGGCGAGAACCUCGAUACAGCCAAUACGAUCCAUCAAAAACUCUACAGUACGCCGUCGAGUUUAUGGAGGCCUACGGGUCACCUGUACAGUGGCGUCACGGCUUCCCAUUAAUUGUCUCCCCUCAGGACGCUAUGAAUGCAGCUGCUGAGAUUGCAAACUUGGCAUUGUCAAUUACCGAAGUAAUGAAAACCCUAGAAAAUCCAUCAUCAUACGGCGACCAAAAAACGAAAAACAAAAAUUCUUUGAAGGGAGCUGAACCAACAAUUGAAUGGACCAUAAAAGUUGGCAACGAAGCAAUAGACAAAGUUCUUGAUGCAUCCUAUAGAAUUUCGCGCCUCAUCAAGGUUGUAGGUCAAGUUGUCCAAGACACUCCCUAUAUCGAUCGCUCCAUAUUUGACGAGGCAUGGGUAUCUACCGUUAACGCCAAAAUAAAUGUUGCCCAAGUCCGUGGCGCGGCUUGGAUGCAAGGUGCCACAAAACUAAAGCAACAGGUUUUGAACGAUAAAGCGAAUAUACAUAACUCGAAUAUCCAAGGGGUUACAACAAAACUAGAACUCUAUACAGAUAUGGCCAGAGGGAAGCUUAACCAAAUGGUAAAGUCGCGAGCUAUGCUAAGCGAGAAGCUAAUGCAAGCGGAAACAUCGCUUCAGGAUCAGGAGAAAAGCAGAAUAAUCUGGCUAGGGCUACCUCGAGAGGGUAUCGCUACAGCCAUAACACGAGAAGUUGAACUUCUUUCCAAGGUAGUGGCGAUUUAUCAAGAGUUUUACAAAAACCUCAAAAAAAUACUGGAUGAAGUCAAAGGGAUUGGGGACGAGAUAUCAGAUGAAAUGAAGAGACAGGAACUUAAAACUGCAAAAACACAAGAAGAAGCAAAAAAGGCCCAAGAGAGGCUAGGCACAGAACAGAAAGCGAUAACGGAUGCAAAGCUAAGGCUAAUGGAAACGGUGCGUGAGGCCGAGAAACUCCACGACCAAGCACCUCCCGGUAGUUGGAUGGACAAGGCUCUUAUUGGACUUGGUGGCAGUAUAGUAACACUAGCUGCUUCAGGGUUGAUAACCCUAGCAGUCUCUACCGGUACAAUAGGCGCCGGAACUUCGGCUGCUGGAGCUGCUGGAGCAUCAACCCUUGGAGAAGGCUUUUCGGCAAUAGUAAUUGGACAGUCGGCGGAUGUUGCAGCAGAAAAGGCAGCAGAAGUGCUCGAGGAAGCAAUCAAACGAAAUGUUCAAAGUACGGCAAGCAAAGAAGACCUGGCGUCGACCUCUGUAGAGAGACGAGCGGUAUUCUCUCAGAAGUCAGCGAAAAAGCAGAUGGAGCCGGCACAAAAGCAUCGACGAGGGGAAGCCAAUAGCAUCGACAAAUUAGUAGACGAGCAAGGUGACUUGCAAAACGUACGGUUAUUGACGAUACUAGCGAUAAUGCCCCUAGUUGAACGUGUUGUGGAUUCAGCUCUGAUGGCUACGUGGGAUGAAGCCUGGCUGGAAUUGGGGCUAUAA